UUGAAUGAGGGGGUAUAGUGGUGAUGCUGCAGGGCAUUGCUUUAUGCUGACUCUGACCUGUGAGAAUGGCAGGGAGUGAUGUGGCCCUAUGACUAGGCCACAAAGAGAAGGAAGGAGAAGGAGAGAGGAACAGCAUCAACAACGUGCAUCCCAAGAGAGCAUUGAUUUGGAAAUGGACUAAAAUACUACUGGAUUAAAGACUCAUCUGUUCAAGUCCAAGUGUAGUCAUGCAGGAGAACCCAGGCUCUAUAGGUGUGGAUGGAGGAUACACCAGCAAUGUACCUGCUUUCCUUACUAAACUCUGGACUCUUGUGGAGGACCCAGAGACCAAUCAUCUGAUUUGCUGGAGUACUCCGGGCACCAGCUUCCAUGUUUUUGACCAGGGCAGAUUUGCCAAAGAGGUUCUGCCGAAAUACUUCAAACACAAUAACAUGGCAAGCUUUGUACGCCAGCUCAACAUGUACGGCUUCAGGAAGGUGGUGAAUAUUGAGCAGAGUGGACUGGUGAAGCCCGAGCGAGAUGACACCGAGUUCCAGCACCUCUAUUUCCUCCAGGGUCACGAGCAUCUGCUUGAGCACAUUAAGCGCAAGGUGUCAAUAGUGAAGAGCGAGGAGACCAAAGUUCGGCAGGAGGACUUGAGUAAGCUUAUGAAUUACAUGCAGAAUGAUGUUCUCUGGAGAGAGGUGGUGUCAUUGAGGCAGAAUCACACACAGCAGCAGAAAGUCACGAAUAAACUGAUUCAGUUCCUGUUUAGCCAGAUGCAGUCCAACACUCCCAGCACUGUGGGAAUGAAGAGAAAGCUUCCUCUCAUGCUGGAUGACGGCUGCUCCAUCCCUCCUGCCUCAAAAUUCAGCCAUAGCCACUCCACGGAGUCCUUGCAAGAAUCUUUCUAUAUCCAGUCGCCAUCCACAGAAAGUGCAUCCUGCUCCACUAGCAAUGUGAUGACUAGAGGGCCAAUAAUCUCUGAUGUCACUGAAAUCUCACAGUCCAGCACCAUGGCUUUACAAAUGCAGGCAGAGGAAUCUAGAGAAAAAUGUCUGAUGCUGAUUAAGGAGGAGCCGGUGAGUCCUGGGGUGCAGGGACGAGGAGAGGGUGUACCACUUGGCUCCUGUGAGGUGUGCGCUGAACCCCCCGUCCUCCCUGUUGCCAUGGUACAGUCCGUCCUAGAGGGCCGAGGAUCUAAUCUGGGAGAGAGAAGGGCCAAAAGACCAAUCCUGGAGAGACCAGAGAUUCCUGACAGUGUGGAGAAUGUUGACAUGAGCCUGGAGGAUUUACAGCUGCUUCUGAGGAGUCACCAGCAGAGCAUGGAAACCAGUGCUGCAGCAAUGGAUCCCUUUACAUUUAGUCUGUCUUUGAACGAGUGGAACUUUACAGAAAUGGACCCAAACCUGAAAUCAGAGCUGGCUAAUGCCCUCAUCCCUGCUGCUGUGUCCCAGUACAUGUUUCAGGGUCAGGAGGGGGAGACGUACCCCACCGCUGGCUAUGAGGAGCAGUGAAGCCCUGACAUGACAGCCAGCACAGAUCCCUCCUGAGAGUGAGCAGAGUGAUCCAUUUGAAAGCAUGCCACUUGGAUCGUACAUUGUCUCAACAUCGGAAGAGAAGGCUCAAAUUUAUCUGACAACGUGGAGGUGAUAUACAGUAUAAAUUCAACAUGCUGACCAUCCCUUUGUGAAGAUUCACUUAGUUGAUCAUUGGUGGAAGGUGCAUAUUUACACAAACAUUUGGAGCAAUUCAACUCUUUGGGGAUGGAAUAUUUACAAAAAUCCUUUCUCAAAACCUAUAAGGAGUUCAGGCUACAUCAAGAUCAUUUUGAAGAUAUUUUUCUCAUGAUAUAACACAUCCUAAGGAAACUUCUAUUGCCAAGGAAAAGGCAAUAUUAAGCAUUUUCCUUCCCAACAACUACAAUGCAGGUGAACGGUAUGCAAUAUGACAUAAAUUAUUGUGGCCCCAGUUUGAAUGCACUUUAGUCUGUGUGUUGGAGUUUCUGCUUUGUGGAGUUUUGAUUUCAUUUUCUCUAAAAUGUAACUGUAAAAAAAUAUAUAUACAUAUAUAUAUUUAGUUCAAUUUAUAUUAUAACAAAGUGCACACUUGUAUUUCAAUAUAUUUGAAGACAUAUAAAAAGUGCUGGUUUAAUCAUAUUAUGUAUGUAUUCAUGUGAGAGGUCUAGGGGUUAAAAUGAGACCUUGCAGAAAGAAAUCUGAAACGAUGCACUGCUUUUUGUACAAUUUAGUGUCUUUUUUCAAUAAUAUUCUAGUAUCUGAAAUAUAUUAUUAAGACAUCAAGUAUCUUUGUUUCAAUUUAUCCUUUAGUUGAUUGACUAGCUUUUUAGAAUUUACAGCUGUCUUUGAUACUCUUAGGAUAUACUGUAUGAGAUUUGCCCUCAUUUGAUACAAAUGUAUUAACCACACUGGUUAGAUGCAAACCAAGGUAGAAACACCAAUUCUUAAUGCCUUUGGAGAUGAGCACUAUAAUUAUGUAAUAUGUAUAUUUUAAUUAUUAUUUAUAUUCUAAAUUGACAUUUUCAGUUGACUGUUUAUAUGCCCAUCAACCAAAUAAGAUCUAAGAAUGAUAGUGCCUUAGGUUUAGGUAAGAAUGUGUUUAUUUUCCCUGCCAAAGCUUAUAUAAUGAAGGCAAAUCACAACAAAAAACACUACAUACAAUAACAUUUCAGAGGCCAUAAUGCACUUUUUUAUUACAGGGCAGCCGUAGCAAUGCAGAAUACCCCAGAUCUCUUACAAAUGUGUUGAAUUUUAAGUGCAAUACUGCUGCAUUUAUUUAUAUGAUUUCCCUAAAAAGGAAUUUUGCUGCAUUGAAUUGUAUGAUUUCUCAAGGAUGCAACAUCUAAUGAUGAUUUAGAUGGGAACUAUGAUGGAAUAAAAUAAAUUGCACUAAGGGUGAUAACUGUAUUAGAAAUAGUGUUUAUUCAGUGUUUGUUUAUACUCUUAUUUUUUUCCACUAUUCCCUACUAAAGAGAAAUAUUUAAAUGGUUUAUUUUGAGAAGGGUGCUUUUUCACAGAGGUUGCGAGUCUUUCAUUGUAUACUUAUUUCUCUUUCAUAAUGUAAUUAAUUGCACUGCUAAAAAAUGAAUGUAGAUUAACAAAGCAAGACACAAAAGCAAGCAAGAAAGGAAAGGAAAUGUUUCAUAUUACUUCUGGAUGUAGUCUGUUCCUGACUCCCACCAGCAUAUAAUGUUCAAAUGUGUAUGCACACACUCACACAGACACACACAAAAAAAAAUUGUAAAACAAUAAACUUAUUUUAAAAGCAUGCAGCAAAUCUCAUUUUAAUUCUUACAGUUACUGAAUGAGGAGAUUAUAUCAAACCGUUCCAUAUGUACUGAAAUAUUUGUCUAUCUGUUGUAGUCAUAUUGUGGAGUAUAGCAUUUUAAAAGAGUGAUGAAGUUAUUAGAAACAGAUUUUAUUCUGUUGGUUUUACUAUUCUUUAACACAGAUAAAUGGUUUAACUAAAUGG